CCUUUUGACAGCCACUCUCGUGUUCUGCGCGUUAUGAAGUUCAUCUGCCAGCGCGGACCACCCCUACGUAUUUGCUGUGACGUCACAUCCGUGUAUGUCCGCGCUACUCGCCUGUCACCUGCAGGGAUACAAGCUUUAAAACCGUCGCUUAUUGUCACCGGCAGUCAAUUGAUGGGAAAAUGGCGGCGCACAGAGGAGGAUAGUGAUGAAGACUCUUAUGAAGUUGUAGAUAUCACUGAUUAUGCAAGAAGGCAUCAGUGGUGGAGCCGUGUUUUUGGGAACAACUCUGGACCUAUAGCAGAGAAGUACUCGGUCACAACACAACUAAUGAUGGGUGGAGUAACUGGCUGGUGUGCAGGAUACCUGUUUCAGAGAGUUGGAAAGAUUGCUGCAACGGCAAUAGGAGGUGGAUUUCUUUUGCUUCAGAUUGCAAAUCACAGUGGGUAUGUGCAGGUUGAUUGGAAGAAAGUAGAAAAAGAUGUCAAUAAGGCAAAAAAACACCUUAAAAAGAAGGCGAACAAAGCAGCUCCAGAGAUCAACAGCUUUAUUGAAGAGUCAACAGAGUUUGUAAAGAAGAAUAUUGUGCUGUCUGGUGGAUUUGUGGGAGGCUUCCUGCUGGGACUUGCAUCAUAAAACUUUUCUCCUUAUUUUUGUGCCUACUGAAGUUGAAGAAAUUAUACUUGACAUCUGUGAGUUUUUUUUUUCUUUCCUUUCUUUCCUGUUCAAACUGAGCAGCAAAACAGAAGAACAUUACUACUGGAAAUGGGACAGAAUCAAGUGCCCAACAGCUACUUUACUUGUGCCUGUGAACAAGCCAGAGGACCUGGAAUUCCAAAUUCAAAAUAAAACUGUGCUGUACAGAGAUUUUAUUUAUGUAGUAUUUUCUUUGAGUUAUGUGCUGUUUUGCCUUAUAAUUUUAAUUUUGUAUGUAGAAAAUACUGAGGUUGUCUUUAAGUAGUGUAUUUUUUAUUUGAAGGUUUUGCCCAACUUAAUACAUAUCUGUUUAGAACUGAUAUGCAUGGUUAAUAUUGCAAAGAUUAUUUCCUUAAUACAUUUUAUAUAGAUAUUACUAUACCAUAUACCCACUGUAUAUAUAGUAGUUCAGUUUUGAAACUUUAAUAUUAUAAGAUAUCACAUCAAGAAAAUGUUAGUUCUUAUAAAGUGCUAUACAGUUAAAUUGUUAUUUUUUUCUAUUUUUUUUUUUUUUUUUUUUAUAAUCAACCAUGAGCUAACAGAUUUUAUGUGUAUUGUUAUUUAUUGGGAGAUGCAUGGUGUGAAUUUCAUCUUAAGUUUAGACUUUGCUUUCUGUAUUGGAAUUGUUCUAUCUGUUGUGUAAGAUAUUAUGUACACUUUAUUUUAAUUGGUUUGUUUACCGCAUUGCUUGGGGAAACCAAUUGGAAAGUCUAUAUCGGUAUAAUAACCAAUGUAGUCAAAAUAAUUGCAUUGUUUUUAUGGUUGUCAACAGGGCUCAGAAUUGUUCACAAAUUUUCAAAAAUUCAAGUAUAUCAAAUUUUAAAAGUAUUUUUUUUCAAUUGGUAUAGAAUGUGUAUUACAGCAUCUGUGCAGUUCUCUAGUCAGUGUUAUAUAUCUUUAUCCAUCCAAAAUAAACCUCUAUAAAACAUGAAGGAGAACAAUAAAAGUAUUUUGCUUUGAAAGACAAAUGCACUUCAUAUCCGUAAGCUCUCCAGACUGGAUCUCCUGCCAUUUUCACCCUGUAGGAGUCAGGAAAGUUAACACUUUGAGCUUGGCUGGUCAGUCAAAUACAGUAUGGUUCAUUUGAUCAGAGCAGAGUAUUUACAAUUUGCCAUGUUCAGUAGUGACUAAGGUGUCAGGAAGUGAUCAACUUCAGGUACUUCUGAAUAUUUUCAAAAUCCAGAAAGGUACUGUCUUUUUUUUUUUUUUUCUUGUAGUACAAAAGAGCCGUGCUUUUUAUCUAAAAGAUGAGCCAUUGCAGGCAGGGCGGCUUUCCUUUCAUAGCCUUCCUCAAGCAGCUGUGGUUCAGUGCCCUUCAUUUUCAUUUCUCUCUCUCUAGCCAUAAUUUUACUACUAGCAUUUUACAGGUAAUCUGUGGUGGGAAAACUGUUCAUACUCCUUGGCAUAUUUAAUCGAUAAUGCCACUCUUUACUUUUAUGUUUAGGGAAAUUGUAACCUUGCAAACAUAUAGGAAUUGAGGUCAAUCAACCUUUAAACAUGUUUAUAUUUAUUGUGUAUUUUUUAGUGAAGGAAAUGGAAACAACUGUCGUUUCUUAAUGUGUUUAAACUGGAAAAAAAGCCCUAGAAAAUAUUUAGUUUCAUUUUCGAGAUUUUGGGAAGUACAGUAUAUUAACAAUUGAUGUAAACUUUCAAUAUUGUAUCAUCGAUUUUCUUUUUAUUUGUUCUUCUUCUUACCUCUUCUCCUUCCCGUAUCAGAAGCUCUGUGUCACAUUUUAAAAGCAUUAAAAGUAUUGUCCUUAAUUUAAA